CCCGGAAACCUUAUUUAAUAAAAGCGGCCUGUCUUCCACAUUCUCCACUCCCCCCACCUCUCUCUCUCUCUCUCCCUCCCCGUUUCUCUCUCUUCUUUUACCUUUUUCUUUUGUUUUUCUUUGGGUCCCCCUCUCUGUCUACAAACACAGCAAAACUCACUUGUAUCAUUAUUAAAUCUUCUCCAAGCAGCAACGAACCACCGUAAUUAUCCUUCAAAAUCCAUCCCCUUCUCUCUCUCUCUACCCUUUAGCUGUCUUUUGGUGUAUUUUCUUCUCUCUCUAGAUGACUAACACUCUCAGCGACGGAGGCUUUUGGCUUCCCUCUGAGUUCCUCACCGACGACGACAUACUCAUGGACAAAGAAAACUUCAACAAGAAUGGCCUCCUCCUCAACCCUGCUUUUGGGUUCAACUUUCGCUUCCCCACUGAGUUUCCUCCCGAUUUUGGCUCGUUCAACUCGACCCCUGUCAUCAACUCGCCGGUUGAGUCUGUGGUUAGCUCGACGGAGACAGAGAGUGACGAGGACUUCCUCGCCGCUCUGACUCGCCAGUUGACUCGGGCCACUCUGCAAGAAACUCAGAAAACCACUUCUCGUCCCCAAAAUAUCGAGAAGACAUGGGUCUUGUCCGGAUCGCCUCAAUCGACUCUCAGUGGAAUCGGAAGCUGGUCUAGCAAUGGAAGCCCAAACGGUCCUUCUCAGGUCUCGUCGCCGCCAACGACGCCGUUGAGUCCAAACGACGACGCUUGGAGUCUAAUUAACGCAGCGGCUGGACAGGUGGCUAGGUUGAAGAUCACCGGCGGCGAAGGACCGCCCAGAAGCAGAGGACUCCUCGGAGCCCCUCGCAGUCACAAUCCGGUCUAUCCUUCGCCGCCGGUGAAGUACCCCACAACUGGGUUCUUCACUAAUCAGUCUCUCUCGCAUAAUCUCUCACAAUCACAUACCCCUCAUUUUCAAGUUAGACAAGAGCAAGGGCUAAAGCAACAAGUGUGUUCAAUUUGGGGAGGUCCGGCUAAAGAGGGGUUCUGCUGUGAGCAAAACCAGUUUCAGAAGCAGCAAAUGUGUCAGAAUAGAGCAGUGAGAGGGGGCGGUGUCGGCGGAUGUGGUGAUGGUGGGGGUGGGAGGCCACUGGGGUUGCCUCAAUCUGCAUGGCCUCCUCUGCAAGUUCAACACCAAAACCAACACUAUCAAAAUCAGCAGCAUAGUCAUGGUGGUUCAGGGAUGAGAGCUGUGUUUCUUGGUGGUGGUGGGUCUGGUGGUGUGAAGAGGGAGUGUGCUGGAACAGGGGUCUUUUUACCUCGCAGAUAUGGCAAUCCCUCAGAUUCUCGCAAGAAGCCAGCAGGUUGUUCUACUGCUCUACUUCCAGCCAGGGUUGUUCACGCCCUGAAUAAGAACUUGGAGGACAUGGCUUCUCGUUCGCAGCAGCAUCAGUUUCUUCCCCGCUACAAUGCUUCUCUCACCUCUGAUUACGAUGGUCUGAUGGCCAGGAGGAAUGCAUUAUUGGCACAGCAGAAGCGAAGUUUGCGGUCGGAAGGAGCUAUAAAUCAUGAAAUACGCCUCCCUCAAGAGUGGACUUACUGAUUCAAGUGUGUUUGAUCUUGUGACUUGUGUAUGUGAAAGACUUGUUUGGUUGGAGAAAAAGAAAAAAAUUAAAAAGAAGAUGGUAGUAAGAAGGUAGAGAAGGUUUGUGAUAGAGUAGAAGAAAAUGGUGUUUUGGUUUUUUAGUCAAAAGAUGUAAGAAGUUACAGGAGGAGGUAGUAGUUAGAGAAGAAAAAUAAGAGAGAGAGAACCAAAUGGAAUUUUUUUUUGGUGUUUGGCUGGGGAUUUGGAUUUGCAGCUUUUUACGGGCUACCAUUUGAUGUGAUGUUGAAAGGGUGAAGGACAAAAAGGAAUAGUUUAGGGGAGGGAUGGGGAAGGUGCUAUAUUUUGUUGUAAUAAAUAAAUAAAUGGGUAUCUUCUAGGAUGUUGUUUUGAGAAGAGUGGAGGGAGGAGUGAUGGGGCUUGUUUGGCUAGGGGGAUUACUGUAUCUUUUUGUGUAAUUUGCUGGUGAAAGUGAAAUCCACAACCCUCUCUCUCUUCAUGUAAUUUCCCUUGGCAAUGGCAAAUAUAUAUAUAUAUAUAUAUAUAUAUAAAGUGAAAUCCACAACCCUCUCUCUCUUCAUGUAAUUUCCCUUGGCAAUGGCAAAUAUAUAUAUAUAUAUAUAUAUAUAUAUAUAUAAUUUAUGAUAGGGCCUGCUAAAUCUGAAGCAAUUUGUAAUAUCAUUGGCCAUUAAUCUAGUUGGUUUCUUUUAAUAAUAUAGGGCAAUUUUAUAUGUGAA